GUCGUAGAGAAGGCUUGUUUUGUUUUUCUCUUGGUCUGGGUCUCGUCUUCUCUGAUCUGGGCAGGUGGUGUUUUCAAUUUUCGUGGGUCUCGUCUUUGAUUCUUUGUAGAUUCGGUUUGCCGUUGGUUUUCUUUAGCCUGUUAGGUUAAAUUUGGGUCCUUCUUUGAGAUGGAAAGAUAGUUUCAUUUUUUUUUUUAGGGUUAUCUGGGCUUAUUAUUUCAGCUUCUGGUAAAAAGCCCAAGGCGGGAACACCAUGUUUAGCACUUAUGCCAGUCCACUAGCUAUGGCUAGUCCAACAGUAAAAGGACACGUUAGUAAGACAACUCUAACAACGUCACCUCAAUUUCUUUCCUUCUCUCCACUUCUGCUUGAACCACCUCGAAGCAAAAGCCUUUCUCGGCUCAGCCCGACAUGACCCAUGCGUACAGAUGGAUGUAUAUAUGCAUGGUUUUCACUUGCUGCAAGGAGUAAGAAUUCACUUCUUGAGACAAGAUGGCAACUGCUGAAGAAAACAAUAACUUGGCGCUGAUAACCCCAGAAACACAGCCUGGCAAGCGGAGGAAAAAGAAGUCCAUUGUCUGGGAACAUUUCACAAUAGAAAAUGUAAGUCCUGGAUGCAGGAGGGCAUGCUGUAAGCAGUGCAAGCAAAGUUUCGCGUACAGUACAGGUUCAAAGGUAGCAGGCACCAGCCACCUCAAACGACAUAUUGCCAAGGGAACUUGCCCUGCGCUCUUGCGUAACCAGGAGAAUAAUCAAUUAUCACCAUACACCCCAAAGACAGGGGGAAGUGAGCAGCCAAAAAGACGAUACAGAUCCCCUGCUUUACCUUAUAUUCCAUUUGAUCAGGAUCGAUGUCGUCAUGAAAUUGCUAAGAUGAUAAUCAUGCAUGACUAUCCGCUUCACAUGGUUGAACAUCCUGGAUUCAUAGCUUUUGUCCAGAACCUUCAGCCCCGUUUCAACAGGGUGAGCUUCAACACAGUUCAAGGUGAUUGUGUUGCAACAUAUUUAAGGGAGAAACAAAGUGUCAUGAAGUACACGGAGGGUAUUCCAGGCCGUGUUUGCCUCUCUAUGGACUUGUGGACUUCAAAUCAAACAUUAGGUUAUGUCUUUAUAACUGGACAUUUCAUUGAUUCUGAUUGGAAGUUGCAGAGGAGGCUUCUCAAUGUCGUGAUGGAACCAUACCCUGAUUCGGACACUGCUUUAAGUCAUGCUGUAGCUGCUUGCCUUUCUGAUUGGAAUUUAGAGGGCAAGUUAUUUUCUGUCACUUUCAAUCAUCCACUCGAUGAAGCUGGGCUUGAAAAUCUUAGGCCUCUUCUCUGCACCAAAAAUCCUCUUAUUUUAAAUGGUCAGUUAUUGCUUGUGAAUUGUAUAUCCCGUACAUUAGGCAGUAUUGCAAAAGAUGUCUUAGGUGCAGGGCAAGAGAUAAUCAAGAAAAUCCGUGAUAGUGUGAAGUAUGUGAAGAUAUCAGAAUCACAUGAGGAAAAGUUUCUCGAGCUCAAGCAACAACUUCAAGUACCCAGCGAAAAAAGCCUAUUUCUUGAUGAUCAAUCUCAGUGGAACACAACAUAUCAUAUGCUUGUGGCUGCUUCAGAGUUGAAGGAAGUGUUUUCUUGCUUGGAUACUUCUGAUCCUGAUUAUAAGGAAGCCCCGUCAAUGGAGGACUGGAAGCAGACUGAGACUCUUUGCGCAUUCUUGAAACCUCUUUUUGAUGCAGGCAACAUGCUGACAACCACCAGUAACCCAACUGCAAUUACAAUCUUUCAUGAAGUGUGGAAGAUUCAGUCAGAUCUGACUCGUACUAUCACAAGUGAGGAUCCUGGUAUCAGCAAUCUUGCUAAAGCAAUGCACGAGAAGAUUGACAAGUACUGGAAGGAUUGUAGCUUGAUUUUGGCAAUUGCAGUGGUAAUGGAUCCUCGGUUCAAGAUGAAGCUUGUUGAGUUUAGUUUCUCGAAAAUCUACGGUGAAGAUGCUCCUACAUAUAUCAAAAUUGUUGAUGAUGGAAUUCAUGAGCUCUUUCUUGAGUAUGUGGCACUUCCUCUGCCCCUUACACCUACUUAUGCAGAAGAUGGAAACCUGAGGAUGGAGGAUUCCCAGGGAAAUCUCCUUUCAGACCACGGAUUGACAGACUUUGAUGUCUACAUCAUGGAAACUACUAGCCAGCACAUGAAGUCCGAGCUAGAUCAGUAUCUGGAAGAAUCUCUGCUUCCUCGUGUCCAAGAGUUUGAUAUGUUGGGUUGGUGGAAACUGAACAAGCUGAAAUACCCAACUCUUUCCAAAAUGGCUCGAGAUAUUCUAUCAAUUUCAGUAUCUGCUGCUUCGCCUGAGAAUGUGUUUGAUAUCAAUACACCGAGGGAGAUGGACAGUUACAGAGCUUCUUUGCGGCCAGAGACUGUUGAAGCCCUUAUAUGCGCCAAGGAUUGGCUCCAGCAGGGAUUAACCGAAGUGCCAAGUGCACCAAUCAAGAUGGAAUUUUAGGUGUUAGUUGUAGGCUUGUAGGUAGCUAGUUAGUUCUGUGAUAUGCUAUUAUUAGGCUACCGUUUGUAUCAUUUCAAGUGAAAGUUGUAAGGAUUGAUUGAACGUACAAGCCAAAUUUGUAGAGCAGCUCGUGUUUUAACUUGCUUUUUAAUA